ACAAGGCGCCAACUCUUUCAACCACCUCGGUAGCCUGCUAGCCAACAUAAAACUGAAAGAUUGACGCUUUAGACCAUGUUAAUGUACAUUAGCUAAUCUCAGUGUUGUAAACGCAGUUCAUUUGACGUAUCAACUGGUUAACUUUAACCUAAUUUGCUUGUUCAAUUUGCUAAGUUGUUAAACACUGAUACUAGCCGCUAAUGCUACCUAGCACUAGGCUAGUCGCUAAUGCUAACUAACAUCCCUGACCAUGAGCUCACUAAACUACUACUCCCCUGCUAAAGAAGAGGAGGUCUGCUGGACGGAGAAAGAAGCUCUGGGACUGAACAUUGUCGUGAAAGAAGAAGAUGAUGUUAUUGAGGAAACAGAGGAAGAACAUUUUAGAGAGGAAGAUGAUGCUGUCGCAGUAGAGGUGAAGAAGGAAUACGUUUUGAGAGUGAAAGAGGAGGAGACAGAAUAUCAGAUUAACACCAGAGAGAGACAUGACUAUCGUGGAUCCUCUGGGGAGCCUCAAAAACAUCCUGAUGCUGACGAGGCAGAGAAGAGUCUCUCCAGAUCAGAACACCAGAUGGACAACGCUAGCCCUUCCACCCUCCCGGAGUCCCCGUGUCGUGCCUCUCCCGGUAGCACCUUACUGCUGGGUAUGAAGAGGUUGUCUGUGCUGCUGGUGGACUGCAGGAAAACAACGGGGCUGAGUGGAACUGUGAGAGGAGGAGAAGAGAUGAAAGGAUCAGAUUUGUCACAUCAAAGAGAGAUACGGGACUACCGUGGAUCCUCUGGGGAGCCUCAACAACCUCAUGAUGCUGAAGAGGGGGAGAGAACAAAAGUCUCUCCAGAUCAGAACACCUCAAUAAACACCUGCAAGAGACCCACAGGGAAGAGAACUCACUGCUGCUCUGACUGUGGGAAGAGAUUCACCUCAUCAGGACAUUGUUGCCCUGUUUUUAGAAUAUCAGGGUUAAUUCUCACAUGUGCCAAACCAAAUGUUCUAGAGCAUGAUAUUGGGGACUGGGCCCAGAUCCAACAACAUGCCUAUCUGAACCCUGAAAAGAGAGAGAAGCUCCGCAGUGAGGUGGAAAGUUAUUACGGAUAUCGCAGGAGUUUCCUCUUGAAAUCAGUCCGUGGAAAGAGACCAGAUUCUCACUCCCGUAGGAAGAGAUUCUCCGAUAGCGGGAAGAGUCCUUCAGGGAAACCAGAACCAGAGACUCCCAAACCAGCAAGACGACACCACUGUUCCCAUUGUGGAAAGAGUUUUAUGAAGUUAUGGAAGCUUAAAGAGCAUGAGAGGACACACACGGGAGAAAAGCCUUACCAAUGUUCCCAAUGUGGAAAGAGUUUUACCUUGUUAGUUAACAUGAAAAGGCAUGAGAGAAUACACACAGGAGAAAAACCUUACCAAUGUUCUCAGUGUGGCAAGAGUUUCACCCAGUUAGGGAGCCUGAAAAUACAUAACAGAAUACACUCUGGAAAGAAGUCUUACCACUGCUCCCAAUGUGGGAAGAGUUUUAACCUGUUAAAGCACCUGAAAUCACAUGAGAGAAUAGAGAGGCAGGCUGUGUUCUGACUUGUGUUUUUGUGGGAAUUUGUGUUUUUGUUUAUGCAACUUGAAGUCAUAUUGUU